UUGGAUAGGAUAGCUGUAUUAAGGGUCAGUUCCGCCUGGUGUCGGAUAAGGAAAACAGCACCGAACGGCCAAGAGUUAUGGUGUGAGGACACAAUCACAGAGGCUCUAGACGGCUUCAUAAUAAUUGCCGACAGCGAUGGUACAAUUCUAUGCGUCACUGAGAGUGUGUGUCUGUACCUGGGUUUGAGUCAGUCUGGUCCAGUGCUGAAUCAGCCAGCUACUAAAAAAUGAGC